AUGAGCUCCUCUUCACAGUAUGUUGACCCCACUUACACGAAUGUGACGACACCGAGCGGAUACUACGACGCUAACAGUGUCUAUCCACUUCAGUAUCAACAGCAACAACAAUAUCAACAACAGCAGCAGGAACAGGGUGCAUCUGUCCUCGGUGCCCCUACAACAGUGGUAGCGGCACCCCGUGAAGAUGAGGCCAACAGGAAGCGCCCCCGUUCAGUGACGCCACAAGAGAGCAGUGAUGACGAUGAUGAUGAUGAAGGCCCAGAGAUGGAAUUUGUGAUGGAAAAUGGUGUCGCAAGAGCCGUUCCCAAGCAGAGGUAA